CUGUAAGACAUGUUUCUAAUGAAUCAAAGUCCAAUAACUGUAGACUUCAGAAGAAAAAAAUUUUCAAAAACUUUGUCAAAACAGACAGGUCAGUGAUAAAUAACUUCUCCAGUCAUAGGGCUAGGCCUGAAAACAAAUUUAAUUGAAACAUUAACAAAACAGAUCAAACUUGAAUUAAAAUUUUUGUCAUAAAAAGUUCUGAAAAUAUCAGCUUAAAUACUCCUCAAAUAUCUAUUGCCUUGUCCAAAGUAAAGCAAAUAUCAUUCAGCCUUCAUGCCAUAAGGAUGACAGAAAUCUUAGCAGACUAGUACUUUUGUUGAAAAUGUGUGUAUCAGUUGAUUUUUUUAGACCUGCUCAGUAAUAAUACUAGACAUUCAGCAUUUAUUAUUUACUAGGACACAAAAAUUUCGAAAAUACUCAGAAAAGGAGGACCUUACUCAGGAAUGAUGUCCAUUCAGGAGAAAUCAAAAGAAAAUUCCUCCAGUGUUAUUAAAAAGAAUGAAGAUAAGAAUUUAGAAACACAAGUUCAAGGUUCUCAAAAGAAUCUAGCAAAAAAAUCAGAUCCAAAGGAAGCUAUAAAAUCACUGGUUAAAUCUUCCAAUGAAAGUAAAGUAAAUCAGCCUGAAUUAGGAACAUGCAUGAGCACAAGGUCAGCAUCCAGUGAUCAAAAAGCUAGUAAACCUAUUAAUAAAACUAUGGUGACCGUAAAGGGACAUUCACAACAAGAAUCUACAAAACAGAAGAAAAUAUCUCAGAAAAAAUCAGUGCACGAAACCCCUAAAUCAAAUGAACAGCUGAACCGGAGAUCACAAAGACUACAACAGUUAACAGAGGUUUCAACAAGAUCUCUGCGUAGUAGAGAAAUUCAGGGUCAGACUCAAGCAGUUAAACAGAGUUUGCCACCAACAAAAAAAGAGCACUGUAGCAAUACUCAGAGUAAAUCCAAUAAAGCUAAAACAAAUCAGAAACAUGUGAAAAGAAAAGUAUUGGAAAUAAAGUCUGAUUCUAAAGAGGAAGGAAAUUCUGAAACUAAUGAAGUGAUCAAUUCCCCCAAAGGAAAAAAGCGCAAAGUGGAGCAUCAGACGGCUUACACUUCGAGUUCUCAGUGCACGAAAGGGUCUGAAAAGCGUCUGCAGAAAACCAGGAAAGAAGAAACAAAGUCUUCUUCUGAGAUAAAAAGAUCCAAAGUGGCUACUUCAGUGGUCUCUAAAAAGAAGGAGAUGAAAAAGUCAGUUCCUACACAAGUGAAUACUAGUGCAAAAUCCCAAAAAUGUCCACAGCCAUCAGUGCCUGAACCAACUGUAGACAAUGGGCUGGAGCACACAGGAACACGCAAACGGGGGAGCAUUCUCCAGCUCUGUGAAGAGAUUGCUGGUGAAAUUGAGUCAGAUACUGUAGAGGUAAAAAAGGAAUCUUCACAAAUGGAAAACGUAAAGGAGGAGAAGCCUACAGAAAUAAAACUGGAAGAAACGGAGACUGAAAGACAAACACUUCAUCAGAAGGAAGCGAAUCAGGACGUUCAGUGUAAUCGUUUUUUCCCCAGUAGAAAAACAAAGCCUGUGAGAUGUAUACUAAAUGGAAUAAACAACUCAACUAAAAAGAACUCCAACUGGACUAAAAUUAAACUCUCAAAAUUUAACUCUGUGCAGCAAAAUAAAUUAGACUCUCAAUUUUCCCCUAAAUUGGGCUUAUUACGAACCAGUUUUUCACUACCUGCGUUAGAAACGCAUCAGCAAGUGACUCAAAGUACAUUUUUAGGGUCAAAACCAUAUGGUGAUAAAAAUAAAGCUUGCCAGCAGGAAGAAAUGAAAGAAGUUAAUUCUGAAGACGUUAAACCUAAUGAUAUUGCAGUUGAAAUGAAUAAAAUCCCCAAAAAGACUCCUGAAAAUUGUCAUUUGGGUAAUCAGAUAGAACCACCUUCUGACCAACCAUUGGAUAAGCAGAAGAAAGAUUCUUUUGAAUCAACACCGGAUAAGAAUUGCAGCCUAUGUUUGGAAUCUAAGCUUGAAAACAAUCCAGUGGAAAAUGCCACUACUGUCUCAACUCUGCUCAGUCAAGCAAAAAUUGAUACAGGAGAGAAUAAAUUUCCAGGUUCAGUUCCCCAACAACACAGUAUAUUCUGUAAUCAGACAUCUAAGACAAGUGAUAACAGGGAGAUACCACCAAAUCAUUCUUGGCCCAAGUGUAAUUCCCAUUUGGAGAUAACAAUUCCAAAAGACUUGAAACUAAAAGAAGCAGAGAAAACUGAUGAAAAACAGUUGAUCAUAGAUGCAGGACAAAAAAGAUUUGGAGCAGUUUCCUGUAAUGUUUGUGGCAUGCUUUACACAGCUUCAAAUCCAGAGGAUGAAACACAGCAUCUGCUCUUCCACAAUCAGUUUAUAAGUGCUGUAAAAUACGUGGGUUGGAAAAAAGAAAGAAUUCUAGCUGAAUAUCCUGAUGGCAGGAUAAUAAUGGUUCUUCCUGAAGAUCCAAAAUAUGCCCUGAAAAAGGUUGACGAGAUUAGAGAGAUGGUUGAUAAUGAUUUAGGUUUCCAGCAGGCUCCACUCAUGUGCUAUUCCAGAACAAAAACACUUCUCUUUAUUUCUAAUGACAAAAAGGUAGUUGGUUGUCUAAUUGCAGAACAUAUCCAGUGGGGCUACAGAGUCAUAGAAGAAAAACUUCCAGUUAUCAGGUCGGAAGAAGAAAAGGUCAGAUUUGAACGGCAAAAAGCCUGGUGCUGCUCAACAUUGCCAGAGCCUGCAAUCUGUGGGAUCAGCCGCAUAUGGGUGUUCAGCAUGAUGCGUCGGAAGAAAAUCGCUUCUCGCAUGAUUGAAUGCCUAAGGAGUAACUUUAUAUAUGGCUCAUACUUGAGUAAAGAGGAAAUUGCUUUCUCAGACCCUACUCCUGAUGGAAAACUGUUUGCAACACAGUACUGUGGCACUGGUCAGUUUCUGGUAUAUAAUUUUAUUAAUGGACAAAAUAGUACCUAAAAUAAACUCAUGCCUAUAGUAUCAGAAGACAUCUACUGAUGAGAAUGGAUUGGUUGUUGACUUAAACCAGGAACUAGGGCCAUUUUUAUUACAGUGAACUCAGGACUGGCAACAACCAUAAGGUUGUUCCAUUUUCAUAAAAUUGGGGGAAAAAAUGAAGUAAUUGCUUAUUGUUGUUUUGUUUUUUUAAAGAAGAUAUUUUAUUAUCUUUUACAGAAAUUUAUGAUUGAUGUAUUUUAUCUAUAGUUAUUUAGACAUGUUUACAUGCAGCAGAUAAUUGUUCAUAGUGGACUGAAAACUAAUGCAAGGACUAUGGUCUCAGUGAUAAGUAUAUUUUGAAGUUCUUAAUUGUGGCAAUAUACCAGUGUAGCUUGGUACUGUAUUUUUUUUAUACUGAUCUGCUGAUACCAGUUAUAGUUUUAAAGAUUGUAUUAUCAGAGUGGAAACCAGUGUUUUUACAUUAUUAUUCAAGAAGGGUGUGAUGUUAUGUGUUUAGGAAUCAAAACUAAUUCUUAAAGGGUCUGAUACCUACUUUAAAGGAAUCAUCACAAAAAAAGCAAAGCUCCAUUAGCAAGAGAGAAUUUGAAAUACUGAGUUUUUUCUUCUAUUUCUCUUUUUCUGCUUCUUGCUGCCAAUCAAGAAGCGGAAGGUGGAAAAGAAUUAAAGCUUUCCUUCUUGGAGAACUAUGAAUGACUCGAGUUAGAAUGGUGCCCUUUAUUUAUUUUUUCAUUCUGGUUUCACUUUUUAAAAUAAACAUCAACUUGGCACACUUUGGCUAUUAACAAUCCCAAAGAGGUUUAUAAAAACCUGUGGAAUAGUUGCAAGCUAAAUAUGUAUGACUUGGUAUCUGCUUUGUUACUCCUCAGAAAUACUACACUGGGUAUAUGCCCUCAUAUUGGACUUCAUUUUGAUACUUGUCUAUCCUUCAUAGUGCCCUCUACUUUUAAAGGGUUUAUAUGUUGAAAAACUGCUGUGGCCUUUUAUGACUUGUAUAUAAUGUAGAAUAAAAUAAUAAAAUACUUGAUAGCUUUUUCUAAGUGAUAAAUGUGAUAA